GUCAGUCUGCGGAGAAGAAAGAACCUUCAUCGUGGAGAAUUGGUUGAAGACUUAUGGAUACCUACUGCCGAAUGAUAUCCGUACAUCUGCCAUGCGUUCCGCUCAUUCUAUGCAGGCUGCCAUUGCAGCAAUGCAGCGAUUCUACAGAAUCCCAGUCACUGGAGUGCUGGACGAGACCACUGUGGAGUGGAUGAAAAAGCCUCGGUGUGGAGUCCCUGAUCAACCCCGGGUCACUCACAGACAGAGGAGAAAACGCUACGCACUAACAGGCCAGAAAUGGAGACAGAAACAUAUUACAUACAGUAUACACAACUACACUCCGAAGGUGGGAGAAUAUGAAACUCGCCGAGCAAUUCGUCGAGCGUUUGAUGUUUGGCAGAAAGUCACUCCAUUGACUUUUGAGGAAAUUCCUUAUCAUGAGAUUAAGAGUGAUAGAAAGGAAGCAGACAUUAUGAUUUUCUUUGCCUCGGGUUUCCAUGGUGACAGCUCCCCUUUCGAUGGAGAAGGUGGUUUUUUGGCACAUGCGUACUUCCCUGGACCAGGAAUUGGGGGCGAUACUCAUUUUGACUCAGAUGAACCCUGGACGUUGGGAAAUUCCAAUCAUGACGGGAACGACCUGUUCUUGGUUGCUGUUCAUGAACUAGGCCAUGCCUUAGGACUCGAGCACUCUAAUGACCCCAGUGCCAUCAUGGCUCCUUUUUAUCAAUAUAUGGACACAGAAAACUUCAAACUACCACAGGAUGAUUUACAAGGCAUCCAGAAGAUCUAUGGUCCCCCGACCGAAGUCCUGGAACCCACUCGGCCCCUGCCCACGCUCUCCUCCCGCAGGAUCCAUUCCACCUCUGAGAGGAAACACGACCGUCAGUCCCGGCCUCCUCGACCCCCCUCUGGGGAGAGACCCUCCUAUCCUGGCUCCAAACCCAACAUCUGCGAUGGACAUUUCAACACAGUGGCCUUGUUCCGAGGGGAAAUGUUUGUUUUCAAGGACCGUUGGUUUUGGCGUCUCCGCAAUAACCGUGUGCAGGAGGGUUACCCGAUGCAGAUUGAGCAGUUCUGGAAAGGACUUCCCACCAGGAUUGAUGCUGCUUAUGAACGAUCAGAUGGCAAAUUUGUUUUCUUUAAAGGAGAUAAGUACUGGGUGUUCAAGGAGGUGACUGCGGAGCCUGGCUAUCCCCAUGGUUUGGUGCAGCUGGGGAAAGGACUCCCACGAGAAGGAAUCGACAUGGCCUUGCGUUGGGAACCAGUGGGAAAAACCUAUUUCUUCAAAGGAAACAAGUACUGGAGGUAUAAUGAGGAGAAGCAGACCUCAGAUCCCGGAUACCCAAAACCCAUCACCAUAUGGAAGGGAAUCCCAGAGGCACCUCAGGGUGCAUUUGUGAGCAAGGAAGGAACUUACACAUAUUUUUACAAAGGGAAGCAGUACUGGAAGUUUGACAACCAGAAGUUACUUGUGGAGCCAGGAUAUCCCCGCUCAAUCGUCAAGGAUUGGAUGGGAUGCAAUCACAAAGAUGUCAACACGAGCAAAGACCGCCAUCGGCCCAACGAUGACGUGGACAUCAUGGUCCAGAUCAAUGACGUACCCAGUACAGUAAAUGCUAUCGCCGUUGUCAUCCCUUGUAUCCUGUCCCUCUGUAUCCUGGUGUUGGUCUACACCAUCUUUCAGUUCAAACAGAAAGGGUCACAGCAGAACCUGGUGUCCUGUAAACGCUCAGUGCAAGAGUGGGUAUGAAGAUCUGAGCAAAAAAGGACAGGCCUUUUAAAAAUGUCAUUGGUUCACAUGAGGGCUAUUUGUGAAUGAGGCAAGGUCUUCUGACCGUGGGAAAGAUGACUCGAGAGCCGAGAAUCUCUGAACCUUGGGGUAUUUGUGGUGUUUCUACCUGCUGAACAAGGGAACAGACAGGGAACUGGGAUCCUCCCUGCAACACACACAUCACAUCUUUACUACAAUGCCUCAUUCAUGUUUUUGGUGUGCCAUUUUGUGUAGGCCAGUCUGCAUGUGUUUUGACACAUGGCUGGAUGGACCUUCUCUGGUGAAGAGGGAAAACACCACAGGAGAAAUGAGGAUAAACUCCGUCUCUUUAGUUCUUCAUUCUGCAAAUCAACAUCUUCGGUGGAGUUGGAAGUUUUCUUGUUUGGGAUAGACUUACACCACAAAAUAUUCCUGGAAAACGAAUAACAUCAAAGAAAGAAAUGUUGAAUAAGAAAAGAUUUUGCUGGUCAUGAUUAGAGAAAAUAUAAUGCUCCUUGAACAGAGAUUUUGACUUUUAAAAUGGGAGCGUAAUUUUAUUACACAUUAACUGGAACAAUAGGAAAAAGAGAAAAUGUGGAUUCAUGAAUCCACUGGGGAUUAAACA